GAGAAGAGCUCUCUCCUUCAGAAGAGAUAAAGAACAAGCUCUGGUUUCGUCAUUUUUCAUCUCAGGGCCAUGACUGACACCUGAAACGUCUUCAGAUCUCUAUUCAGUCAGACUUGGUGGCGGAUGCGUAGACCUGUGGAUUGUGAGAGCUAGAGCUUGUUGGACAACUGUUGCUCUCGAGACGGAUUCGACAUAUAAAGGUGUUUUAGCACAGGUGCACAGACAUCUGUUGAGUCUUGGAUUUUGCAGUUUCGGACCGGUGAAGUUUCAUGACAGCUGACAAGAUGACCACCAUGCAGAGGUUGCUGCAGCUACCUGUGAAUGCCGUGAAUAUUGUGAAGAGCGUGCAGGGGGCUGCUCAGGGUCAGGAGGAGCUCCUCAGCCCGGUGUUGACCCCAGACAGCGGACCUCAGAACUGGUACAACGCCGUCCAACCUGAAGAACUCAGACACCUGAGAUCAGGGGGGACGGGGGGAGGCGGAUGGGUGGAGGGAACCGAUGAACGACCCGGGACAGAGGAGGGUACUAGCAGCAUUCAGACGCAACCCUUACGACAUGAUGACCUGAAAGAGAUGUUGGACAGUAAUAAAGACUCGCUGAAGCUGGAGGCCAUGAAACGAAUCGUUGCUAUGAUCGCCCGGGGGAAGAACGCGUCUGAUCUUUUCCCUGCGGUGGUGAAGAACGUGGCCUGUAAGAACAUCGAGGUGAAGAAGCUGGUGUAUGUGUAUCUUGUGCGUUACGCUGAGGAACAGCAGGAUCUUGCUCUGUUGUCCAUCUCUACCUUCCAAAGAGGCUUAAAGGACCCUAACCAGCUGAUCCGCGCGAGCGCCCUGCGUGUGCUGUCCAGCAUCAGAGUGACCAUCAUCGUACCCAUCAUGAUGUUAGCCAUCAAAGAAGCCGCGUCUGAUAUGUCGCCAUACGUCCGCAAGACAGCGGCUCACGCCAUACCCAAACUCCACAGUCUGGAUCCUGACCAGAAAGAUCAACUCAUCGAAGUCAUCGAGAAGCUAUUAGCUGAUAAAACCACACUUGUGGCUGGCAGUGUAGUGAUGGCAUUCGAAGAAGUGUGUCCGGACCGCAUCGAUCUCAUCCACAAGAACUACCGUAAGCUGUGUAACCUGCUGAUCGAUGUGGAGGAGUGGGGUCAGGUGGUCAUCAUCAACAUGCUCACGCGCUACGCCCGAACGCAGUUCCUCAAUCCCAACAUCAACGAGUCUCUGUUGGAGGAGGGCGAUGAGAAGUCGUUUUAUGCUUCUGACGAGGAGGAAGAGGAAGAGAAGAAGGUCGAGGCAUCCGCUCUGGCCAAGAGGAAACCGUAUGUGAUGGAUCCGGACCACAGACUCCUGUUGAGAAACACUAAACCUCUGCUGCAGAGUCGCAACGCUGCCGUGGUGAUGGCGGUUGCUCAGCUGUACUUCCAUUUGGCUCCUAAAGCAGAGGUGGGCGUCAUCGCUAAAGCUUUGGUCAGGUUAAUGCGGAGCCACAGUGAAGUGCAGUAUGUCGUGCUUCAAAACGUCGCCACCAUGACCAUCAAAAGACGGGGAAUGUUCGAACCGUAUUUAAAAAGCUUUUAUAUUCGCUCCACGGACCCCACCCAGAUCAAAGUUCUCAAGCUGGAAGUUCUGACUAAUUUGGCCAAUGAGACAAACAUCUCCACCCUCCUGAGAGAAUUUCAGACGUACAUUAAAAGCAUGGAUAAGGAUUUCGUAGCCGCGAGCAUUCAGGCCAUCGGUCGCUGUGCUACAAACAUCGGUGAGGUCAGAGACACCUGCUUGAACGGCCUCGUCCAGCUGCUCUCCAACAGAGACGAGUUGGUUGUAGCUGAAUCUGUAGUGGUGAUCAAGAAACUCCUGCAGAUGCAGCCCGAGCAACACAGUGACAUCAUCAAGCACAUGGCCAAACUCAUCGACAACAUCCAGGUACCGAUGGCCCGUGCCAGCAUCCUCUGGCUCAUCGGCGAAUACUGUGAGCACGUCCCCAAAAUCGCCCCAGAUGUCUUGAGAAAAAUGGCCAAGAGCUUUACGAACGAAGAGGACAUUGUCAAACUUCAAAUCAUCAAUUUGGCAGCCAAACUGUAUCUGACCAACUCAAAGCAGACUAAACUGUUAACACAGUACGUGCUGAACCUGGCAAAAUACGACCAAAACUAUGACAUCAGAGACCGCGCUCGGUUCAUCCGCCAGCUGAUCGUGCCUACCGAUAAGAGCGGUGCUCUCAACAAAUACGCCAAGAAGCUUUUCCUCGCCCUCAAGCCCGCUCCUGUCCUGGAGUCUCCGUUUAAAGACAGAGAUCAUUUCCAGCUGGGAUCACUGUCUCACCUUCUCAACGCUAAAGCUUCCGGAUAUCAGGAGCUGCCCACCUGGCCCGAAUCGGCGCCCGACCCGUCCGUGCGCAACGUGGAGAUUCCAGAUUGGAGCAAAUGCACGAGCCGGAAAGAUCGGAAGGAGAAGAAAGUGGAGAAGCCGUUCUAUUCCGAUUCGGAUGGGGAAUCAGGACCGACCGAAUCUGCGGAUAGCGAGUCAGACUCGGGCAGCGGGUCGGAGAGCGUUAGCGGCAGCGAUGAGAGCGCUUUCGGUUCAGAAAGUGAGGAGAGCGGAGAUGAAACCGAGUCAGAUGAGGAAGAAGAGGAGGAGGAGAAGAUAAAGAAAAAAAGGGUGGAGAAAACCAAAGCAAAGAAACCGGUGGUGGAGAGCGCAGAGAGUGAACAGAGCAGCGGCGCAGAGGACAGGAAACGCUGCAAGAAGACGGGAAAAGAUCGAAAAAGCGCUUCAGAGUCAGAGAGCGAAUCAGAAAGCAGCGAAUCAGAAGAGGAGUCAGAGGACGAAUCAGAAGAGGAAUCAGAGUCCGACGCUGACAUCAGAAAGAAGAAGGCACCCGCAAAACAGCCGCCCAAACAACCAAAAAAAGUAAACAAGAAAGAAUCGCAAGAAAUGUCUUUGCUGGAUCUGGAUGAUUUCGAACCGACCCCAGCAUCGGCUCAGGUGACACCAGUCAACUUUCUGUCCAGCAGUUUGGUGUCUGAUCUGGAGGGUUUGUCAUUAACCGACACCAUUCUGGCACCAAGUACCAUCGCUCAGUCUGCUACAAUGAAAAUGUGUGAACUCCUGCACCGCAUAAGAGGCGAGGGUCUUGCCGUUGAAUACUGUUUCAGCCGGCAGCCCUUCGGCCCCGACCCCAACAUGGUGGCCGUCCAGAUCCAGUUCACCAACAACACCACCUCAGAGACUAAAAACAUUCACAUCGAAGAGCCCAAACUUCAGUCGGGAAUGAGGAUCAGAGAGUUCUCUGAGAUCGAGUUGAUGCCGGCAGGUGAAUCGGUAACAGUAGUGAUGGGCAUAGAUUUCUGUGACUCGACGCAAGCGGCAAACUUCCAACUGUGCACCCACACCCGCAAGUUCUUCGUUUCAAUCCAGCCUCCCGUCGGGGAGUUAAUGGCGCAAGUGUUUCUGACAGAAAAUGAUUUCAAGAAGGAACAGGGUAAACUAAUGGGAAUGAAUGAGAUCUCGGAGAAGUUAACCCUUGGAGAGAAAUGUGUGAAUGAGCAUGUCAUCGUUGAAAGAGUCACGGCCACUGCCAACUUAAGCCGAGUGCCCUGCGGUUCGGAUAAAGAGUGCAGUUCUCCUCCGACUCCUCCCCCUUCUCCGCCUGUUCACAGAUUCGCAGGUAAAACCGUCAGCAGCGGCUGUCUCGUGCUGGUCACCGUUGCCGUAAAGGAAGGAAGGGGAGCUCAGUUAACGGUCAACUGCGAGAAGAUGGUCAUCGGCACAAUGCUGGUUAAAGAUAUCCUACAGGCCCUCACGCAGUGAUGACGCCCCUGCAGUCCAGACCGUCCUAUUGCUGCCUAGCACAUUUAUUUGCAGCUGUGUGUGUGUAAAUCUGCCAUGUAUGGACCGGCUCGUAGCAUCAAAAAUCAAACCUACAGUGAGAGGCAUCGGGUCUUUUGUUACAGUUUGUUCAGUGUAUGUUGCAUGAGAUCAAAACAGCUGAACACCAGUCAGGGAGGUCAGAGAUAUAUUUUAGUGUGGAUUAGAUGUUACAUUUAGGAUCAAAAAACGAAAGGAGAGAAUUAUUCAAAAAACCUUAAAUACAUUUUAUUCUUAUUCAUUUGGCCACAUGGUACCCAGUUCAUGGAUUUAUAAAGCCAUUUUUCCUUUGAGUUUGUGUCAACCACCGGUCCAAAUACUUGCACUGCACAGUAAACAUUUUAUAUAAACAUAAUUCAUGUUUCUAACCAUAUCAAACUGGUUACACUAUACAAACAUUAACCUUCUAGAGCAUAUUAGUAUAAUAAACAACCUUCUAACCUUACAUCCAAUAAAUCCAGAUAUAGAUGGAUAUACAGUUUUUACAUAUUAGAAUUGACUGCCGUUAUCUCAAAUACAAUGUUGUAGCAUUUUCAAUCUCCCUGAAAAGAAAGUGUAUGUCUUUAUUGUUUCUUUUAAAACAUGUUCAUUUUCUGCUGAAAGCAUUGCUUGUAGUUUAAACUUUGGAUUUUUUUUAUCUCAAAAAAAAUAGUUAUGAUGAUGUGCUUGUGUGCAUAAACCUGAUCCUCCUCCACUAGGUUCAAAAUCCAGUUUUGCUUUGUCCUCUCUGUGUGACUGUGGGAAUAUCACGUGUUCUUUGAAUAUUAUAUCUCUAUUUAUUUUAAAGAGUUUUAAAUGUCAAUAAAGAAGAAUGUGCACCGGA